AUGCGGCCCCUCUUGCAGGUCGUGGCGGGGCUGCUGCUGGCGGCGGCUGCACGGGGCAGGGCGAUGGAGCCAGAGCUAUUUGAGAGCCCCUUGCUGGAGUCAGAAGAGGAACAUCUCCUACUGGACCCAGGCAACACAUUGAAGCUGUACUGUGAUGCCAACCAGAGUGGUGCCAGUGUGGUCUGGUACAAGGAGUCCCGGCCACUCGUCUCGGGGGGUCGCAUCCAUGUCCGCCAGAGCCUGCUUGAGAUCUCAGAGGUUGCCUACGAGGACUCAGGGCUCUACGUGUGCCGGGCACGGGGAACUGGGGAGGUCCUGCGAAACUUCACCAUCUCUGUCGUGGACUCCCUGGCGUCAGGUGAUGAUGAUGAAGAUAGCGAUGGGGACAGACCCCACGGAGACCGGAAUGAGGAGUCUGUCUAUGUGCACAGAGCUCCUUACUGGACUCACCCACACCGGAUGGACAAGAAGCUGUAUGCAGUCCCUGCGGGGAACACAGUGAAGUUCCGCUGCCCGGCCUCAGGCAGCCCCAGCCCCAGCAUCCGCUGGUUCAAGAAUGGGCGCGAGUUCCGAGGGGAGCACCGCAUUGGGGGCAUCCGGCUCCGGCACCAGCACUGGAGCCUGGUGAUGGAGAGUGUGGUGCCCUCUGACCGCGGCAACUACACUUGCCUGGUGGAAAACAGGUUUGGCAGCAUCCGCUACAGCUACCUCCUGGACGUGCUGGAGAGGUCCCCGCACAGGCCCAUCUUGCAGGCUGGGCUGCCUGCCAACACCACAGCCCUGGUGGGCAGCGAUGUGGAGUUCUUCUGCAAGGUCUACAGUGAUGCCCAGCCCCAUAUCCAGUGGCUGAAGCACAUUGAAGUGAAUGGCAGCAACUAUGGUCCUGAUGGGGUCCCCUACGUGCAAGUGCUCAAGACUGCAGAUAUCAACAGCUCUGAGGUGGAGGUGCUGUACCUGCGCAAUGUGUCCAUGGAGGAUGCUGGCGAGUACACUUGCCUGGCAGGGAACUCUAUCGGCCUCUCCUACCAGUCUGCCUGGCUCACUGUCCUGCCAGAAGAGGAGCUGGUGCGGGAAGCAGAGGCCCCUGAGACCAAGUACACGGACAUCAUCAUCUACACCUCGGGCUCACUCGCCGUGGCCAUGGCCAUUAUCAUCGUGGUGCUGUGCCGGAUGCAGACUCAGUCGAGCAAGCAGCACCUGGAGCCUAUGGCAGUCCACAAGCUCUCCAAAUUCCCACUCAUUCGACAGUUCUCUCUGGAUUCCAGCUCCUCCGGGAAGUCCAACACAUCCCUGAUGCGUGUCACCCGACUCUCCUCCAGCUGUGCCCCAAUGCUGGCUGGUGUCGUGGAGCUGGACCUGCCCCUUGAUGCCAAGUGGGAGUUCCCCCGAGACAAGCUGGUGCUGGGGAAGCCCCUGGGGGAAGGCUGCUUUGGCCAGGUGGUACGGGCAGAGGCUUAUGGCAUAGACAGGGACCGGCCAGACAGAGCUGUCACCGUGGCUGUCAAAAUGCUGAAAGACAAUGCCACCGACAAGGACCUGGCUGACCUCAUAUCCGAGAUGGAGAUGAUGAAGCUCAUGGAUAAACACAAGAACAUCAUCAACCUCCUGGGAGUCUGCACACAGGAUGGGCCACUGUACGUGAUUGUGGAGUUUGCUGCGAAGGGCAACCUGCGCGAGUACCUCCGUGCCCGCCGCCCCCCGACACCUGACUACGCCUUUGAUGUCAUGGCAAUGCCUGAGGAGCAGCUCUCUUUCAAGGAUCUUGUCUCCUGCGUCUACCAGGUGGCCCGUGGCAUGGAGUACCUGGAGUCCAAACGGUGCAUCCACCGUGACCUGGCUGCCCGCAACGUGCUGGUGACAGCAGAGAGCGUGAUGAAAAUCGCUGACUUUGGCUUGGCCAGGGACGUUCAUGACAUCGACUACUACAAGAAAACCAGCAAUGGUCGCCUGCCAGUGAAGUGGAUGGCGCCUGAAGCCCUGUUUGACCGUGUCUACACCCACCAGAGCGAUGUGUGGUCCUUUGGGAUCCUGAUGUGGGAGAUCUUCACGCUGGGGGGCUCCCCAUACCCUGGCAUCCCUGUGGAGGAGCUGUUCAAGCUGCUGAAGGAGGGACACCGCAUGGACCGGCCAUCCAACUGCACCCACGAGCUGUACAUGCUGAUGAGGGAGUGCUGGCACGCUGUGCCCUCACAGCGCCCCACCUUCAAGCAGCUCGUGGAGGGGCUGGACAAGAUCCUGGCAGCUGUUUCAGAGGAGUAUCUGGACCUCUCCAUGCCCUUCGAGCAGUACUCACCCUCCUGCGAGGACACCGCCAGCUCCUGCUCCUCUGAUGACUCCGUCUUCACCCACGAUCCGCUGCCACUGGCCCCCCACCUCUUCUCCUACCCCAGCGUGAGGACUUAAGGGAGGGCAGGGAAGGGUGAUGUUGAAGCCACCUCUGCCCUUGCAGGGAGGGGGUGCAGGUUCCCAAAGGUCCCUGCUUUGUCCAGGCUGAGCAGUGGGUGGGCAGAGCCCUGAGCCACAGCACCAGGGCAGGGUGUCCCUCUCUCCGGGCUCCUUUAGGGCACUGAGCCAUCAGCCCUGGCUGAGAUCUGCCUGAUAUUGAGGGGCAGCAGGAGCUAGAGCCUCUCCAGGUGGGCACUGCCUGGGAUGCCCAUGGCAUUGCCCAGGGAGAUGGGCUUUGGCCAGCGCUUCAGUGGAAGUGUCCCUGGGCAGGAGCCCCACUGCUGCCAGGCUCCUGCUGCAUCUGUA